GAGUUGUCCUUUUGACUCAACGUGUAUCCCUUUAUUAAUGCCUGCUAACUGCAUUAAACAAAUAUUUUAAUCUCCACAUUGCAACCUAGCCUUUCGCAAGUAAUGGAUUCUGGAAAAUGGUUGAUUAAGGUACUGCUUCUCUGUUUCCUUUUUGGCUUCACUGUUUCCACUGAUACCAUAACACCAAACCACUCUGUUAAAGAUGAUGGUAGUUUGAUUGUCUCCGGUGGGAAAGUCUUCGCUCUUGGAUUCUUCACCCCUGGCAGUUCAAAUUACAGAUAUGUCGGCAUCUGGUACAACCAAGUUCCCCAAAGAACAGUGGUGUGGGUGGCAAACAGAGACAACCCCAUCGAUGACAAUUCCGGAGUUCUCUCAAUC